UCCGUCUCCGCCCACUUGACGAGUGGACUGUUGUGGGGUAAACAUGUCGCUGAAGUCCUGCUCCAGACUGCUCUUUAGUAUCAGGAGACUACGAUCCUGUAUUCCAGACGUAAACACCGGCUGUCCGUAUGUCAUCAGGCGUUUCACGUCCGGGCUGAAAGGUGUGAAGCAGAUUAAACCACUAGAUGGCAUUAGAGUAUUAGACCUCACUAGAGUCCUGGCUGGUCCUUUUGCCACAAUGAUCCUGGGAGAUUUGGGGGCAGAAGUCAUCAAAGUUGAGCGACCAGGGCAAGGAGAUGACACGAGAGCGUGGGGACCUCCAUUUGUUCGUGAUGAAAGCGCUUAUUUCCUCAGUGUGAACAGGAAUAAAAAGAGCAUUGCUGUUAAUCUUAAAGAUCCGAAGGGGGCAAAACUGAUAACAGAGUUAGCCAAAAGUUGUGAUAUACUGGUGGAAAACUAUCUUCCUGGUAAACUGGAUGAGAUGGGACUCGGCUAUAAGGAUAUGAGCGAAGCAGCGCCGCAAAUCGUCUACUGUUCUAUUACAGGCUAUGGUCAGACUGGAUCCAAGUCACAUAAACCAGGAUAUGACUCUAUAGCAUCUGCUGUGUCUGGGAUGAUGCACAUUACAGGGCCUGAGGAUGGGGAUCCAGUGAGGCCUGGAGUUGCCAUGACUGAUCUGGCCACUGGGCUGUAUGCUCAGGGAGCAGUGAUGGCUGGCUUGCUGCAGAGACAGAGGACAGGAGAAGGUCUUCACAUUGACUGCAAUUUGCUUUCAUCUCAGGUGGCUUGCCUCACACACAUUGCCGCGAACUACCUCAACGCUGGAAAAGAGGCCAGAAGAUGGGGAACAGCUCACGAGAGUAUAGUCCCAUAUCAGGGGUUCAAAACAAACGAUGGAUACAUUAUCGUUGCAGCUGGAAAUGAUCAGCAGUUUGUCAAAGUGUGCAAAGUUCUGAACCUUCCCCACCUGGCCGAAAAUCCGAAAUACAAGACCAACACGUUACGGGUCCAGCAUCGCAAAGACCUGCUGCAGCUUCUGGCUGAGAGGUUCUCUGAGGACUCUACAGCUGAGUGGCUGAGCCGCUUCGAAGGCACCGGAGUCCCCUGUGGCCCUAUUAACACUAUGCAGCAGGUGUUCUCUGACCCACAGGUUGUUCAUAAUGGCCUCAUUUUGGAAAUGGACCAUCCAACUUCUGGAAGGAUUGCAGUCCCAGGUCCUGCUGUCCGAUUCAGCAGUUUUGAGUUUGACAAACCAGCUCCGCCUCCUGUGAUUGGUCAGCACACAGUUGAGGUCCUGAAGGGCAUCCUGGGCUACAGCGAUGAUGUCAUCAACCAGCUUCUGGCUUCACGGACCGUCGCUCAAAAUACAGUUUACUAACUCCAACAAACAAGGCAUGGCAGAGUCCACUCCCCAAAUACAAUCAUACACCCUCCUCUUUACCAAAUAAAUACACUGGGUCUAACGUGCACAAACAUACUCGCUGGCAAGACACUCAGGGAGAAAUAUUGUUCCACCUCCCACACUCUAUGGUUAUGUUUUAAGAAUUAAUCGGCUGAAACCAGCCAACCGAAAGCACACCGCAAAACGUAAUGGUAACAACAGAAUGACGCAUGAGGAGGCUCGGAGGCUCUGGCUUGCCAAUUGGCGUGUCGAGCCGAAUGUGUUCUGGCUCUGUGACCUGCUCUCACAUUCAAAUCACCUCACACUCUUCUUCCUGUUUUAUUGAUCUAUAACAUGUACAGACUCCCUGAUGGAUAAGCUUCCAAAUCUAAUGUUCAGUAAUGGAAAGAAGGAAAAUCUGUUCCUCAGCUCUUGGGCUGUCCCUAAAACCUUUAAGCUCAGUUCUACAUCACUAUUUUGGCAAAAUUUACACUAUCUGACUGAACUCCAAGUCUAAUGUGGAAAUACCCUCAGAAUUUGUGGAAAUACCCUACGGUAAAGGAUACACGACACACCUCGGGAUUUUUGUGUAGUCUGAAUUAAAGUAAAAUGAAUGCUGUUGAACACUUUAUAAGUUGAAAUCAUACUUUUAGUCAUUUAUCUAUUGGCCAAUUUUUGUAAUUGGGAAAAUCUUAAUGUAAUAGAACUGCACUAUGGUGCACAUGGUGCAAAGAAAACACUCACAUCUUCCAGGAAGUGUUGAAUUUUGUCCAAGCAAGUUGUUUUUAUACUUGCCAAAACGAACCACACCAUGAAGGCACCUUUCAUUUAUUUUAUGCUUUAGUUUAAACAAAAGCAUCACCUUAGUAAUAUAAGCUUUCAUUUUCUACCAUAAUUAUUUCUCAAUCCCAUUUAAUUUACAAAUCUUUUUUUUUUUUUUGUUGUUUUUUGUUGUUGUUGUUUUAAAGCCUCUCUCCAUUUAUUUUUACAACUCGUUUCCUUUUGUUAGCUACAUAUUCUGUAGUGAUUGAAUGUUUUUUCCCUCUCCCAAGUUAAACAUUAAAGUUAGAUGCUGGACUAUAUUUAGUAGAGAUGACAUCAGAUCUAGGAAAGUACCACAUAAAAAUUUGGCCGAAAGCUUACGUCAGCUAUCCCUGUACCCUCAAGUGUCAAAAGAACACUACUUUCCUGCUCACACACCGUCUUUGUUCCUUAGCGUGAGAAAAAACUGCAUGGGUUUUAAAUUGUUUAGUGUUUUGUGCAUUCAGUAGUUUGUGUGGUUAUUUUUUUUCUUUUAGUUACACCAACACUACAACCAUUAUAGAUGUAAGAACAACUACACUGUGAGAAUUGUUAUAAUGUUAAAUCUCCUAAUUGUCUGAUUGUGUAAUUAACAUAUUUUACAUAAUACGACUGCAGUUUUUUAGUAAUAUUUUUAAUUUUUAUGAUACAAUUUCACAAUGUAAAGUUUUUCAAUAUAAGUGGAUGAAUAGGAGAAGAUUGCUUUGGGCAAAACAACCGUCAGUUAUGAAUAAGCUAAGCAUAACAGCAGUUUUCUAUAUGCAGAUUACGAGUGCACACAAACUAUUUGAUACGAUUUUGCUGCUUUUCUCAAAAACAGUGCAGCUGGAAAGACAAACAAAACAACACACUACAAAUCAUCUGUACACCUCAUUAGCACCAUCAUUGUUUACAGGUUGUUUACUUUCCCAGGUAGAAGCCCAACUAUUUACUACAAAUAAAGAGAAAAAAUGAAAAUGUAUCUUUUUUAUUUUUAUAUAUCUAGAUUAAAUUAAUCAUAAUAAUCUAUAAUUAAGAAGCAUUAUGCAAGUGAUGUAUGAGGUGCAAGUGAUGUAUAUUUGUUGGA